UGACAGGACGGGAGGAUAUUGCUCUGUUUCUGUUCCCCCGCCGCAUCAUCCUUUUCCCCUUCCCCUGUUUCUGUUCCUCAACCUUGUGAGCCGCCUCCCCUGUGCAUGGCGCCGUCGCCUUCCCCUCGGAUCUGCAGCAUCGGCGGCUGCGCCUUCCUCUGAUGUCAACGCCCGAUGGCCCGUCUGUCUCUCUUGCCUACGGUCUGGAGCAGCUAUACCCUGCGGGCUGCCGUGCAUCCAGUCGAGUCCAGCUUCGCUUCCAUGAUGGGAAGAUCGUCUCCUUCCUCUUUCGGGAGCUGCCGGCAGUCAGAUCUGGUCAUCAUGGGUGCAGCGUCUAUGACAGCGGUCGCCACAGGAAACGCGUGCCUUGUGUUUAGAAAUUAUCCACCGGGUCUUGUCUUCACUAUACGUAGAUGGUUUACACUCGUUAGACAAGAUUUUUUACCUGACCCUAACUUGAUUUACACUUGUGCGGGUUCCUUUCCACGGUAAGGUACGCGACCUCUGUUUUCACUCGAACGACGCAUGGUUUCCGCUCUCCAGCACAUAGUAUUUCACAACUAUUGUUUCGAGCUACAGUAUAUAUUACGGAGUAGUAAAAACUGAUUUGUGUGCGUAUGAAAAAUAAUUUGAUAAUAACCUAUAUAUGUAACCAUAUUGUACAAUUUCCGUAGGACAAACCAAAGUAGGUUUUCGAUAUGUUAGCAGCCAAAGUUAAACCACUUGGCGUCUUGGCGUUCUACUUGAGAACAUGGACAUGGGUAUGCCUUUCAAAACUUUAAAGUAGUUCAUGACCUAGAUUAAUGGAACAGUAGGCGAUCUGUAUCCAAUUCUAUACCUAAAUCAGAUUUUCGGUGAAUGCAGGAAACAUUAUUAAAUCUAGAGAAAAAGUUUUUCUGUCAUAUGGGAUAUGAGCUCGGCGAACUAGUAAGAGAAUAAGUUUGACUUUCCACACACUCAUGGUUUAGACAGAGUUACUUUUAACUUGAGAAAUCUAAGUCUAGCAAGUGUCAUAUAUAGGUGUCAGCAAGGUCUCCAGUGAGCCUGCAGUUUAGGUCCUCCGGUGGCCCAUGAGCUCAAGAGGUGGCAAUGACCUGUCGAUGGAUGGUUAUGUGGGGGCCAAGCAAUGAGGCGCCAUGGCGUACGUGGUUUAGUGAUGUGGCUCACCAUGCAGUUUUUGUUUACAGAGGUUCAUCAUGCAGUUUUGUACUGAAGACAAUCAAGCUUUUUAGUCCUAGAAAGACGAAUCGUUUCUUAUUUUUUAUAGAAGAAAAAAUCUUUUAUUUUUUCUGCAUUAUGCUUAAAAAAUAAAGUAUUUAUUUCGGGAAUAAACUUAUAGGCUUCAACGCCCUUCUCGGAUGAAAUGUUUUCUUGGUUCCCUCAACCCUCAAAUUUGUUUUUGUGCUUUUAGAUAGAGACAGCAAUUUUGUUUAUCCAAAGCUAUGUUUUUUGGUCUAGUUAGACCACUUUACCUGUGAGAUAAUUUUGUAAUCACUUCACCUGUGAGAAAAUUUUGUGCUUUUCUAUGUAUAAUUAUAUUAUAAUGUUACAAAUCUGCGGCGUCGCUCACCUAAUAGGUGGUGGCUCUAUUGUAUUGACUUUCUAACAGUCGAAUUAUUCAUGUGCAGGUUACUGAACAACAUAAUUCAAGAUGAAGAGCUACUUUUUACGACCAUGACUUCCAAAAUUCACUGUUGGUUUUGCAUGAGCUGGUUUCAUGAAUACUCGGGAACUUGGGAGUCUCAUAUCCUACAGAUCUACGAUUGGAGACAAUGUCACGAUAUUUGCAAAAUGGUCUGGAAAUAUGUUAUAUGCAACGAUCUCCGAGGCAUACACCGUGCUCAUGUCUUACAUGUUGCUAGCUGGCCGUAAUACAUCUGAUGUUGCUUUCCUGCGGUGCACACACGACACUGUUUGAGGUAUUUCGCUGUUUCAAAAAAAAAAGCCUGAAAUCACGGACAUGCACGUCGGCCAUCAAUCACCCAUCUCGACAUGGAAAUCCAAUCCGGACAACUGUGAAAACAAAUCACGGUACAUGUUGUGUGCUGUUAAAUAAAAUCAUGCUGCCAACGAGAGAGGCUGAGUACCUGCAAGGCUGCAACCACAGCUUGCGAGUUGUGACCGCUCCCCGGUAAAUUCUCAUCUUCUGAAAGAAAAGAAAAACGAACAGAAAUCCCUAAGCCUACCCCUGCUGCACACCCGACUAUUUCCUCCCAUCCAUGGCGGCGGCGGCCCGUUCCCCGCUCCGGCGCCCCACCGCCGUCGGCUCCCCCUGAGCCGCAGACCCCACCCCGCCACCGCCACAGAGCAAGCGCCAGCCCCCGUUCCCCGCUCCUCUGUCAGGGUUUCGUCCUCCUCCGCCACGACUACAGCAGCUGUCCUCGUCCCCGGGAACGGCAGCGACGGCAGGCGGCAGCGGCAACCGGGUAGCCGAGGACUGAGUUCUGUAAAAUUAGGCAUGGCUGCACCUGCACCUGCACCAGAUUUGUACAGCAUGGUGGAUGACUUAAAGGAAUCUAUAUUUUUCGUUCGUAUGAUACCCAAGGGAAGAGAAGCUUAUAAUAAGAUCUCAAGUCUGGCAGAUAAAGUUCUGAGCAUUGUUGGGGAGGACGAGCGAGAAGCGGCUUGUAAUGCAGCGGAUCAUUGCGCCACAGGAUUUACGGUGGGGACGGUUGGAGAAGGGCAGAGGCAGAAAAUCCUCAUUUUAACGUGCGCUCAUAUGAUUGAACACAUCUUUCAGGCCGGUAGGUGGCCUAUUGACGUGAGCGCUAUCAACAGUCUUUAUGAUAUUGAAAUUUACUGCCCUCACUCCGAGCUUCUCUGGAUCAGUCAAGGAGGCCAAGGACGGAGGACUUGCUUCAAAGCAGUGGCCAGUUUCAUCAAUUGUAGGACAGAUCUCUUGAUGUUGACGGCACGCGUGAGUCAGAUUGCUUUGAGGACAGAGAGGGUAGACGGAGGGAGACGUCCGGUCCCGUGUUCAACUCCACAUCCGGAGCUGCACGUCGGCACCAUGAUCCAGCCGGGCAAGCCGUGCCUUCUCCUCUCCUGGCCGUCCAAUUUCUUACAUCUAGUCUGUCAAGGGUUGCAAUGUGAUCUGAGGAGGAUAGAUAUCAUUAGUAGCAACACUGUCGGCUACGAUAUGAGUGUGCUGGAGGCACAAAUUGGGAGCAAGGCCGGCUCAUCAGGGGCACCUUUGUUCAACGCUGCUGGAGACGUCAUUGGCAUCUUGCACGGUGGCUUCAACGGACCCCACUCUUACUUUGUUGCGCCUCAGCACAUAGAAGACUUCAUCGCUGCAGCCCGUGAGGCCGCCACCGCUGCCGCUGCCGCCGUUGCCACUGAAGAAUCCACCUCCUCUGGAGAGAAGCCCGGUGCAGCCGUUGAAGAUAAGCUCAUGGCUGCGCAGAAGAAUUGGAGCGGCUGCCGCCGCAAGCGUAGCGGCUGAAACUGUCAACUAAUUUGUGUUGGAAGCUCCAAUGUUUUUUUAUUGAGCCUUAUCAUUCCGAUGCCCCCUUAAAGUUAUUGUAGACAUCGACUUUGUUAUUGGUAUGCAUUGCGAUAACUUCCAGUCACAAGUUAUAGUCAACAUUCUGAUAUGAUGGUUCUUAAAGUGCCUAUUGUUGUUUUGCAAUGCACUUAUUCUUGCAUGCUUAUGGUGUAUGGCAGAUUGAACUA